AUGUCUUUACAAAUUGAAACGGUUCCCACAAAGCCAUACAAUGACCAGAAGCCAGGUACUUCUGGGCUGAGGAAGAAGACAAAGGUCUUCAUGAAUGAGCCCCACUACACGGAGAACUUCAUCCAAGCCAUUAUGGAAGCGAUUCCAGAAGGGAGCCAAGAUGCGGUUCUCGUGGUGGGCGGCGAUGGGCGUUACUACAACAACGAGGUGCUGCAGAAGAUUGGAGAAAUCGGUGCCGCAAAUGGUGUCAAGAAACUGAUUGUUGGGCAGAAUGGGUUACUGUCAACGCCGGCAGCGUCUCAUAUUAUCCGCAGCUACCCUGAAAAGAGCACAGGUGGCAUCAUCCUAACAGCAUCGCACAACCCGGGCGGGCCUGAGAACGACUUCGGUAUCAAGUACAAUUUGAGCAAUGGUGGUCCAGCGCCAGAGUCCGUGACAAACUCUAUUUUCGAGAAAUCCAAGCAGUUAGCCAGUUACAAGACCGUAAAGAACUUUCCAAAGAUCAAUCUUUCGAAGAUUGGCAAGAAUCAGGAAUAUGGCUCUCUUCUGGUCGAUGUUAUUGAUGUUACUGCGGAAUAUGUCAAGCUCAUGAAGGAAAUCUUCGACUUCGAUCUUAUCAAGAAAUUUAUUGAUCAUCAGCGUUCAACCAAAGGAUUCAAGAUCCUAUUUGAUGCUCUCAAUGGUAUAACUGGACCUUACGGCAAAGCCAUCUUUGCUGACGAGCUGGGACUCCCAGCGGAGGAAGUUCUGCAGAACUAUGAGCCCAAACCUGACUUCGGUGGGCUCCAUCCAGACCCCAACCUAACUUAUGCUCACACGCUGGUUGAAAGGGUAGACAAAGAGCAAAUUGCGUUUGGCGCUGCCUCUGAUGGUGACGGUGAUAGAAACAUGAUCUAUGGGUGUGGUCCCGCUUUUGUGUCCCCAGGAGACUCUGUCGCUAUCAUUGCAGAGUACGCGUCGGAGAUCCCUUAUUUCAAAAAGCAGGGCAUUUACGGUCUUGCCCGCUCAUUCCCUACUUCAGCUGCGAUUGAUCGCGUAGCAAAGGCUCAGGGUCUAAACUGUUAUGAGGUGCCAACGGGCUGGAAGUUUUUCUGCGCGUUAUUCGAUGCCAAGAAGCUUUCGAUUUGCGGCGAGGAGUCUUUCGGCACCGGUUCUAACCAUGUCAGAGAGAAGGACGGUGUUUGGGCUAUUGUGGCAUGGCUGAAUAUUCUUGCCAUUUACAACAGAGAGCAUCCCGACAGUGAUGUUUCUAUCAAGGUUGUUCUGGAUGAGUUCUGGGCGAAGUAUGGCCGUACUUUCUUCACUAGGUACGAUUUUGAGCAAGUCUCUGGUGAGGCUGCUGCCAAAGUACUGAGGGUGUUGGAGGACCUCGUAGUCUCCAAGGAAUCCGCUAUUGGCAAGCUCUUACCCGGAAACACAGACCUGACUGUCACAGACUGCGGCGACUUCAGCUAUACUGACCUCGACGGGUCAGUUUCCGAGCACCAGGGUCUCUACGCGAAGCUCUCAAAUGGAUGCAGAUUCGUUGUGAGACUUUCUGGUACCGGGUCAUCCGGCGCGACCAUUAGGCUUUACCUCGAAAGGUACACGGACGACGCGUCAAAAUACUCGCUAAAUGUUGAGCAGUUCAUGAAGGACGACAUCAAGGCAGUUUUGAAGUUCCUGAAAUUCCGUGAAUACUUGGGAACCGAUGAGCCUACUGUCAGAACCUGA